UAUUGCAGCCCCAGUCCUAAGCAGGGUGAGCGAGCAGAGCGGUUUCUAUCUCUCCUCCAUACUUACUCAGUAUUCAAACAUCCGUCCGCUAAGGAUUUUUUUGGACUACUUGCUGCCUCGUAUUGAUAGGCUAAUAUAUCUGGAGAAAAGACACGAAGGGACCCGUCGACGAUCCAUAGAGGUAUACCUUCACGGUAAUUUGGUAGAUUUUUGUCCCCCCAAUUAUUCUACUAUUCCUCUAUUGGGCUGUCGCGAGUUGUUUCGCUUCUCACUGGGUCCGUUUUAAUGGAAAAAAGCGACGCGGAGGAGAUGAUCCAGACGGGAGUCUAACGCAUUUUUUUUUUGCCCAUUGACGAUCAUCUUGUUGCAUUGGACUUCUAUUGUGGGCUAUGGGAAGUAUCGAUUCGCACGGAGACAGCACAUUUUGCUCUUCAUAAAGGAUGUGGUCAAGUAUUUUGGAAAAAUAGCCAUAGCUUCCGGAGUGUAAGGCCAAAUGACAUAGGAUGAAGGCUAUUCGUAACCAGUUGAUUUAUAUAUUUUCCACCUAUCUCCUGGUUAUGUUUGGAUUAACUGGUGCACAAGACUACUGGUGUUCCACUUUGGUCAAGGGGGUCAUAUAUGGAUCUUACUCAGUGACUGAGAUGUUUCCCAAGAACUACACGAAUUGCACAUGGACGUUGGAGAACCCUGACCCUACCAAAUACAGCAUCUACCUUAAACUAUACAAACGAGACUUGAGCUGCUCCGAGUUCUCUUUGCUUGCUUAUCAAUUCGAUCACUACUCGCACGAGAAGAUCAAUGAAUUGCUGAAAAACAACGAGUCUAUAGUGUACCUGUGUGAUUCCAAGAAUAUGUAUAUAUUUUUGCAGUAUGACAAGAAUUUCGUGCAGCUACGGAGGGUUUUCCCUUACGAUUAUAACGGAUUGCAGAAGACGGACGAAGAGGAGAAGUCUGUGGUGGAAUUCUUGGUCUUGAACAAGGCGAGCCCCAGUCAAUUUGGAUGUCAGGUGCUGUGCACGUGGCUGGAAAACUGCCUGAAAUCGGAGAAAGGAACUGUGGAAUCAUGUGGAAUAGUGUAUACAAAAUGCACCUGUCCCCAGCACCUAGGCGACGGAGAAUCAGAAAGUAUGCUUUUGCUUAACAACGUGGUUUUGCCUUUAAAUCCCCAAACGGAGGGAUGCCUGACUCCACAAAUCCGUGCUGGGCAGGUGUGCAACAUCAGUGCAGAGGUUAAACGACCAGCAAAGGAGGAAUAUGGAAUGAUCGGCGAACAUACUGUAAAAAGUCAGCGACCCAGAUCAGUCUUUGACACAAAGGCCCUGCAGGAGCAAGCUGAAUCUGCUAAAUUUAUGGCACAAACUGGUGAAUCUGGUGCAGAGGAGUGGUCCCAGUGGAGCUCAUGCUCAGUUUCAUGCGGCCAAGGGUCGCAGGUGCGAACAAGAACAUGUGGUUCACCAUACGGAACACACUGCAGCGGUCCUUUAAGAGAGUCAAGGGUUUGCAAUAACACUGUCCCCUGUCCAGUGCAUGGCGUCUGGGAGGAGUGGUCACCAUGGAGCCUGUGUUCGUUUACGUGUGGGCGUGGCCACCGCACUAGGAACAGGAUGUGUGCCCCGCCCCAACAUGGAGGGAGAGCCUGUGACGGGCCUGAGACCCAGAGCAAACUCUGCAACAUCGCCCUCUGUCCAGUGGACGGCCAGUGGCAGGAGUGGAGCCUGUGGAGUGACUGUUCAGUGACCUGUGCCAACGGGACCCAGCAGAGGACCAGACAAUGCUCAGCCGCCGCCCACGGUGGGUCGGAGUGUCGUGGCCACUGGGCAGAGAGCAGAGAGUGUUACAAUCCAGACUGCACAGCCAAUGGCCAGUGGAAUCCCUGGGGGCCUUGGAGUGGCUGCUCCAAAUCAUGUGACGGGGGUUGGCAGAGGCGGGCGCGGGUGUGCCAGGGGGCAGCGGUCACCGGGCAACAGUGCGAGGGCACAGGGGAUGAAGUCCGCAAGUGCAGUGACCAGCGUUGCCCAGCGCCCUAUGAGAUCUGUCUGGAGGACUACACUGUAUCCAUGGUGUGGAGAAGAACACCUUCAGGAGAACUGGCCUUCAACAGGUGUCCUCCCAAUGCCACGGGCACCACUAGUCGACGCUGCUCUCUGGAUCACCGGGGUGUGGCCUAUUGGGAACCACCCAGCUAUGCCCGCUGCAUAACCAAUGAAUAUAGAUACCUGCAGCAAUCAGUAGGUCUAUCUUCAAUCCAGGGCCAUCUAGCUAAGGGCCAGGGGAAGUUGGCAGGGGACGGGAUGUCUCAGGUGACCAAGACCCUGCUGGAUCUCACCCAGAGAAGGAACUUCUACGCUGGAGACCUGCUGUCCUCUGUGGAGAUACUCAGAAACGUGACUGAUACCUUCAAGAGGGCCAGUUACGAACCUAGCUCAGACGACGUGCAGAACUUCUUUCAGAUCAUCAGCAAUCUCCUAGAGGAGGACAACAGGGAAAAGUGGGAAGACGCACAACAGGUAAGCAUUCUGCAGUGAGCUUGAUACAUUAUGGAAUGCACUUAAAGUGGGUGAGUGUGGUAUUCUUUCAGAAUCUGGUCCAGACAGUUGAAUACUAUAGCAUUCACCAGCACUGAGCCUGAGUUCAACUG